AUGAUGAGCGGCGGCGGCGGCAGUGGCAGCGGCAGCGGCGCGGGGCCGAGCAGCUCCAGCUUCGAGCGGCACGGGAAGCGGCGGCCCCCGGCGACGCCGGCGUCGGACCAGCAGCGGAAGCUGCUGCGGCUGUCGGUGCAGCACGGGCAGGGGGAGGAGGACGCGCUGGCGGCGGGCGUGGUGCCGCCGGUGACGGUGGUCCUGGACGGGCGCUGCAUCUGCCACCGCGUCCACCUCAGCCGCCACACCGGGUACCGCAGCCUCGCGGGCGCGCUCCGCCGCAUGUUCGUCGACGACGCGGCCGAGGGCGACGAGGACGGGCUCGACCUCUCCAAUGCCGUGCCCGGGCACGUCGUGGCGUACGAGGACAUGGAGGACGACCUCCUCCUCGCCGGCGACCUCAACUGGAAGGAUUUCGUGCGCGUGGCGAAGAGGAUCCGGAUCAUCCCGGCCAAGUCGUCGACCCGGAGGAUCAAGCAAUGCGGAGGAGGGGCGAACUAGUCCUCUACUCAGCUCCGCAGCCAUGCCUAGUGAACCAUCAAGUGUAAUUAGAUCCAUAAUAGUACCUCUGCGCAGCUCAACCCUGAUGAAAAAAGCGAUCAACAAGUCGGCCGUCCUCGUGAUCCUCCUAAAUCAAUCGAAAUCCCGCCAUUUCCCAUUUCUCGCUGUAUUGAGAUUUCAGUGUCACAAUGAAAAAGGAAGAGAAAUUCCAAACAAAAGAAUAGAUUCAUCUGGAUUUU